AUGGAUGUCGAGCAGCGCUCUAAGAAACUAGGAAAGUUCACCGAUCUGGGUUCGGCGGACGUUGGAGGCAAAUUCGCAUUCACUUUCAAACUCCUUAAUUCCGACUGUCUCUCAUUGGCUGGACGAUAUCAAGAAGUCAGAUUCAGUGAUCGAGAGCACCUCCCUGAAGUGCAGUGGUCAGCAGCAGUGAAGGCAACAGCAAGGGAGUUGAGCCACGAGCUACAGAUCAAUCAUUUCUUCGUGGAAUAA